AUGACGAAACAACCACGAAUGAAGCAUGCUACUAACUGGAACUAUCCUAGUGCGAGUAAUCCUGUAAUUGUUCAAGCGAUUGGAAACAAACCGAAGAAGAAAACGAUUGAGGAAGUUGAACCAUCUUUGAUCGCACAAGAGGAGGAAAUGGGUCAAAGCAGGCCAAACAAGGGAAAGCAACAACGUCAAGCCGAAAAGAAAUAUAAGAGGAAAAAUGACUAUGAUUCUCCUCAGAGUUUGAGACCUCAUCAAGAGGGUGGUCAAAAUUUAAAUGCUUUCCACCGAAGGGGUUCGGGGAGAGGUGGUGAUAGAGAAGUUGUUGAAGAAGAAAGUGGUGAGGAGGAAGUUAAUAAAGAAGAAAGUGGUGGCGAGGAAGGUGAUGGAGUAGAAAGUGGUGGCAAGGAAGCUGAUGGAGAAGAAAAUGGUGGCAAGGAUGGUGAUGGAGAAGGAAGUGAGAAUGAGGAUGAUGGAGAAGAAAGUGAGGAUGAAGGUGAUGGAGAAGAUAGUGAGGAUGAAGGUGAUGGAGAGAUAGGAGAAGUUCAAGAACAAGUCGAAGGAGGAGAAGUUUAA